AUGGCAAAGCCAAGCUUUGCUGUCGAUCGCAAAGUCGAAGAAGCAUGUCCAUUAAUCUGCUUGAAUCUGAUAUUACAGGAAAUUAUCGCUGGGAUGAUGGAUCUACCGGCAGAUAAAUGGCGGAAGAAGAAACCGCAAAGCUUCAAAGAAGUGAAAGAUAAGUGCGAUGCUCUGAAAGCUGCUUGGGAGCCUUACGAUUGGACAAAGAGGAUCGAUAGGAGUGAUCGCUGA